AUGGUUCAAUUCUCCGAAGAGACCAAGGAGCGUGUCUCCAAGGUUAUUGACGUCUCCCGUGUUGCCAUUCACUACGGAUACCUGCCUCUGAUUGUCUACCUGGGCUACACCUACAGCGACCCCAAGCCUACUCUUUUCCGGUAUUUCAACCUCUCCAGCGUGUACCACAUUCGUCUAACUCGAUGCUACAAGGCGGGUCUCCCUCACUUCAGGUUGAAGCUAUCAGCUAACCCGGACCCAGUCGAUCGAUCCUCCUCCUCUCGGUUUGGUAGCUCUAUUCACAUCAUACGCGACAUCUUUCAGCGGGAAGGGGGCCUAGCCGCCUUCUAUCGAGGACUCACUCCCAAUGUGAUUGGGAAUUCUACCAGCUGGGGUCUGUACUUCUUGUGUUAUAGCAGCUUGAAGGGAACCGUUCGAGAAUACCGCGAUCGGAGGGGGGAAGUUCUUCUGUCAUCGGAUUAUUUUCUGACAUCCGGCGGUGCAGGUAUGCAUCACAAUUCCUCGGGACGGUCUCCGCCCACUGACCAAAACAAAUGGUAUCCAGGUGCCCUCACUUCUGUGCUCACUAACCCGAUUUGGGUGAUCAAAACCCGCAUGCUGUCGACGGGCUCUCAGGCCCCUGGCGCAUACUCUUCCUUUGCCUCCGGGGCCAGGCAAAUAUACCGCGUGGAAGGUAUUCCCGGCUUUUACCGAGGCCUGGUACCCGCUCUGUUUGGGGUCAGUCAUGGGGCCCUUCAAUUCAUGGCGUAUGAGCAGCUGAAGCUCUUCAGGUCUCGGGCGAAGGAGGCUGAGAUGCUGGAGCAAGGCGAUACGGUCGGCCGGGGGCUGGGCAAUGUCGACUUUUUUGCCAUUUCCAGUCUAUCCAAAGUGUUUGCGGGGAGUGUAACUUACCCCUACCAAGUGAUCAGGUCCCGGUUGCAAACCUACGAGGCCCGUGUGAUCUAUCGCGGAGCCUUUGAUGUCUUCUCUCAGAUAUGGGCCCGAGAGGGCCUGGCGGGCUUUUACAAAGGCCUCGGGCCAAACCUGUUUCGUGUGCUCCCCAGCACUUGGGUGACCUUCUUGGUAUACGAGAAUACCAAGGGCUACCUGUCGGGGCUCACAUCAUCUCCCGAACGCAGACAGAAAUAA